UGCACAGACACUGGGGUAGGGGAAGGGUCUGCGUCUGCACAGACACUGGGGCAGGGAGUGGUUCUGGGUCUGCACAGACUGGAGUAGGGGGAGGGUCUGGGUCUGCUCAGUCACUGGGGGACAUUCAGGGUCUGGAGUCAGUACAGACACAGGGGCAAGAACAGGAGCAGAGGGAGGGUCACUAUCUGUGUCUGUACAACACAUUAACGGGGGAGGGUCACUGUCUGGAGUCUGUACUGGCACAGGUCCGGGGCUGAUGGCCACCCUCUGCAGUCUCUACAGACGCAGGAACAGGCAGAGCCUCGCUGUCUGGAGUCUUUAGAGACACGCCAACAGGAAGAGGGUCAGGGUCUAGAGUGGUUAGAGACUCACAAUCAGGGUCAAAGGCACGGUGUCAAAUCGAAAGAGGCACAGGAACAGGGUGAGGGUUUCAAUAGACAAACAGGUUGAGACCUCUUCAACUAUGAGCAACAGGCACCAGUUGCGGCCGUACACUUCAGUUGGUGAAAUUAAUCAUGUUCACAUCCUGUCUGAACAUGUUGGAGCGUUGAUCCACCGUGAGGAGUAUAGUGAUGUCACAUUCCUCGUGGAGAAGAAACGAUUCACAGCCCAUCGAGUGAUUCUGGCUGCUCGUUGUCAGUAUUUCAGGGCAUUAUUGUAUGGUGGAAUGCGUGAGGCACAUUCGCAGGCUGAAAUCCCAUUGGAGGAUACGCCAGCAGAGGCAUUUACAAUGCUCCUGAAAUAUAUUUACACAGGCCAGGUCACACUCAGUAAUGAAAAAGAGGAAAUAUUGUUGGACUUCCUCAGUCUUGCUCAUAAAUAUGGAUUCCCAGAGCUGGAAGAUGCCACAUCGGAGUAUCUGUGCACGAUCCUCAGUAUUAAUAACGUCUGUAUGGUUUAUGAUGUGGCCAGUCUUUACUCUCUACAGAAACUUUCCAAUACCUGCUGCCUGUACAUGGACAGGAAUGCAAAAGCAGUUCUUAGUAGUGAUGGUUUCCUGUCUCUCUCAAAGGCAGCCCUACUCAAUGUUGUCUCUCGAGAUUCCUUUGCUGCUGCAGAGAAGGACAUUUUUCUGGCUUUGGUGGACUGGUGCAAACUCAAUCCAAACGAGAGACAUGUGGAGAUUAUGAAGGCAGUCCGCCUACCCUUAAUGAGUUUGACAGAAUUAUUGAAUGUUGUAAGGCCGGCAGGUCUGCUCUCUGCAGACACCAUUUUAGAUGCCAUCAAGAUUCGAUCAGAAAGUCGUGAUAUGGAGCUGAACUACAGGGGAAUGCUCAUUCCUGAAGAGAACAUUGCAGCAAUGAAAUAUGGAGCGCAGGUUAUUGGUGGAGAACUGAAAGCGGCUUUGCUUGAUGGCGACACUCAAAAUUACGAUCUUGACCAUGGCUUUUGCAGACACCCAAUUGAUGAGGAUUGUAGGUCAGGCAUUGAGGUGAAAUUGGGCCAGGCAUCAAUCCUGAAUCACAUUCGCAUGCUGCUGUGGGAUAGGGACAGUCGGUCGUAUUCAUAUUACAUCGAAGUGUCCAUGGAUGAACUAGAUUGGAUUCGGAUCGUUGAUCAUUCCAACUACCUGUGUCGCUCCUGGCAGAACUUAUUCUUCACUCCUCGUGUCUGCAGGUAUAUCCGCGUUGUUGGAACACACAACACAGUGAACAAGGUUUUCCACUUAGUCUCAUUCGAAUGCAUGUUUACCAACAAGCCGUUCUCAUUGGAUGCUGGGUUACUGGGUUACUGCUCUGGGAUUGUGAUGAUCGAAGCUACAGCUUCUACAUUGAAGUCUCCAACAACCAGCAGCAGUGGAGGAUGGUGGCAGAUCGUACAAAAGUUACGUGCAGAUCAUGGCAAACAAUCAGCUUUGAGUUGCAGCCGGUGGUGUUUAUCAGGAUUGUCGGGACCUAUAACACAGCCAAUGAGGUAUUCCAUUGUGUGCACUUUGAAUGUCCAGCACAAAAGAAUGCCCACCAGGAGCCAAGUGCAGACCCAUCAGGAGCAAGUGCUGAACCAGGCUAUAGAUCUGGAACGCCAACUCGGUCUGUCCCGAACCCAAGCGACAGAAUGCAGUUCAGCCACUGAGUUUUGGAGGAUGGCUGUUAUCAUUCUUGAUUAUCACCUUAAGUACAUUGAGGCUGUUUCCAAUCAAGGUGAAUUCUGGACAUGCACAUCCUUGUUUUUGCCCAUAUUGUACUACAUAGCAACGUUGGUCAACCCUGACUAUAUGUUGAACAUGUCUGUUCAGACCAUUUCCUACUCGUUGUGUAAUCAGUGCACUACAAAUUGUGACGUCAAGAUCACCUAACCCGUGUGUCGGAGGAAAAGGGAUGAGACUCCUGUUCCCAGUCAUGAAGUUUACAUCGUCAGAGAUGUAACAACUUACUGCAGAGACUGAAACUGAUUCCGUCUCAGGCCAGUGUGCAAUUCUUCUGCGGCUGUGCAGUGUCGAAGAGGAAAGAUUUCUCACACUGUGUCAGUGGAGAAUUCAAUCGACCCAGUGUUACAGGAAUGGACUAAUGAUUACUGCAAGCAUGAGCCUGAGGACUAAAUUACAACUCUCCCACGCUGACUAUAGGAAAUUCAGAGACUGCUGCCUGAAUCUUUAAAGAGUUUAACAUUUCUUAGUCUCACUCGUUUACCAAACACUCUUUCAUACCAGCUCCUGUUUUAUCCAGUUAAUAAUUAAAUGUUGGGAAUUGGACACGUUCACUGACCCAGUCAAGCAAGUCGGGAUCUGGCUGAAGAUGAGCUGCUUUCUUUCAAAUUGUUGAACUUGGGUUUAAUUUAAGACACUGAUGUGUCAUUUUGGUGAAUAAUUGCUGAUGAGGCAUGACUGCACAUGGUGUCAGUGUUAUUGUCCAGGAUAAUUUGGCCCAUGUGCUAGUCUAUGAACUGUUUUUAUGUUUUGUAAAGAGUACCAAAUCUUCCCAUUGAGCUUUGGGGUCAUUGUGAAAUAUGAGCUAUUUGAAGUUAUUUGAAUUCCCACCAAGUCAGUGCUGUGACAAGGGCACGAAUAUCACAGUCAUGUUCUGUCCUGAGCUUGGGCACUGCCAACAUAUUGAACUUGUAAAAAUAUCUGGCCACUGCAUUCAUUCAAAUAGUGCCGUGUUCAUUGGCAAGUUCUGAUAUAGAGUAGCAAAUUUUAAAAAAUGUAUUUCUUGUCUAUUCAGUGGGACUAUCCUAAUAAAAAUACAUGAAGGCUAGAUAGCAUCUUGCAUCUUAUUGAAAUGUAAUGCUUUUGUACUAGAGCUACAGUAGUUGUAUCUCUCUGCCCUGAAAUUGGCAGCAUCCGUGUGUCAUAACUGCACAAUUGGACCUGGAAUAGCACAAUGCAAGAAGCUAUUUGGUCCAUCUUGCCUGUUCCAGUUUUUGAAAAUGUUCUCUAAUUAGUCCAUGUGGUAUCAGUAAGAGUGACCACCACACAGUCCCUGUGGAGACAAAGUUCUGUCUUCACUUUUGUAUUAUGCUCUGUCGUAUCAUGUGGCAUACAUUGGCCAUUACUGGCUGACAAGUAUGAUUGACCAUUGAGGAGAUUCCGUGUCACUGGCCCUGGGCGCUGUGGGCCAUUGACAGCAGCAGGAUUGUACUCCAGCACAAUCUGUAACCUCAUGGCCUGGCAUAUCCCCCACUCAACCAGGACCAUCAAGCCAGGGGAUCAACCAUGGUUCAAUGGAGACUGCAGGAGGGAAGGCCAGGAGCAGCACCAGGCUAUACCUGAAGAUGAGGUAUCAACCUGAUGAAGCCACCAAACAAGACUAGCUGCGCACCAAACAGUGAAAGCAGCAAGUGACAGACAGAGCUAAGCGAUCCCACAACCAGUGGAUCAGAUCUAACUCUGCAGCCCUGCAACAUCCAGUUGUGAAUGGUGGUGGGCAAUUAAACAACUCACUGGAGGAGAAGGCUCCCCAUCUUUAUCCUCAUUGAUGGAAGAGCCCAGCACAUCAGUGAAAAAGGUAAGGCUGAAGCAUUCGCAGCGAUUUUCAGCCAGAAGUGCUGAGUGGAUGAUCUAUCUCAGCCUCCUCCAGUGGUUCCCACCUUACAGAUACCAGUCUUCAGCCAAUUCCAAUCAUUCACUUGACAUCAAGAAACGGUUGUAGACACUAGAAAUUACAAAGACUAUGGACCCUGACAAUGUCCCGGCAAUAGUAUUGAAGUUUUAUGCUCUGGAGCUUGCCACUUCUGUAGCCAAGCUCUUCCAGUCCAGUUACAACACCGGUACUUACCCAACAAUGUGGAAAAUUGCCCAGGUAUGUCCUGUACACAAAACGCAGGACAAAUCCAACCCGGCCAAUUCCCAUCCCAUCAGUCUCCUCUCGACCAUCAGUAAAGUGAUGGAAGGUGUCAGUAACAGUGCUAUCAGGCAGCUCCUGCUCAGCAAUAACCUGCUCAGUGACAUCCAGUUUGUGUUCCACCAGGACCACUCAGCUCCUGAUCUCAUUACAGCGUUGGUUCAAACAUGGACCAAAGAGCUGAAUUCCAGAAAUGAGGAAGAGUGACAGCCCUUGACAUCAAGAACAAAGAAAAUUACAGCACAGGAACAGGCCCUUUGGCCCUCCAAGCCUGUGCCAACCCAGAUCCUCUGCCUAAAGCUGUCAUCCUGUAUUUUCUAAGGGUCUGUAUCCCUUUGCUCCCUGCCUAUCCAUGUACCUGUCCAGAUAUAUCUUAAAAGACACUAUCGUGUCUGCGUCUACCACCUCCACUGGCAACGCGUUGCAGGCACCCACCGCCCUCUGUGUAAAGAACUUUCCACGCAUAUCUCCCUUAAACUUUCCUCCUCUCACUUUGAACUCAUGACCCCUAAUAAUUGAGUCCCACACUCUGGGAAAAAGCUUCUUGCUACCCACCCUGUCUAUACCCCUCAUGAUUGUGUAGACCUCAAUCAGGUCCCCCCUCAAUCUCCGUCUUUCUAAUGAAAAUAAUCCUCAUCUAUUCAACCUCUCUUCAUAGCUAGCACCCUCCAUACCAGGCAACAUCCUGGUGACCUUCUCUGCACCCUCUCCAAAGCAUCCACAUCCUUUUGGUAAUGUGGCGACCAGAACUGUACACUGUACUCCAAAUGUGGCCGAAGCAAAGUCCGAUACAACUGCAACAUAGAACAUAGAACGGUACAGCACAGAACAGGCCCUUCAGCCCACAAUGUUGUGCCGACCAUUGAUCCUCAUGUAUGCACCCUCAAAUUUCUGUGACCAUAUGCAUGUCCAACAGUCUCUUAAAUGACCCCAAUGACCUUGCUUCCACAACUGCUGCUGGCAACGCAUUCCAUGCUCUCACAACUCUCUGUGUAAAGAACCUGCCUCUGACAUCCCCUCUAUACUUUCCUCCAACCAGCUUAAAACUAUGAGCCCUCGUGUUAGCCAUUUCUGCCCUGGGAAAUAGUCUCUGGCUAUCAACUCUAUCUAUGCCUCUCAUAUCUUAUAUAUCUCAAUUAGGUCCCCUCUCCUCCUCCAUUUCUCCAAUGAAAAAAGUCCGAGCUCAGUCAACCUCUCUUCAUAAGAUAAGCCCUUCGGUCCAGGCAGCAUCCUGGUAAACCUCCUCUGAACCCUCUCCA